AUGGACUCAAAAGAGCCGGCGCGGGUGACUGUCGUCGUCAGGGUUCGUCCGCCCGAGAGCGGUGGUGGUGGCAACAGCGCUGCCACCAGCGGCCACCAGCAUGAUGUCGUCGUGUUUCCAGCAGUUGGCAGCCAGAACACCAUUGUAGUUGAUCGAGACGGCGCAGAAGCCAGGCGCGUGAAGGGUGAUCUACGCGAUUCAUCGCCGGGCCACAAUUCAUUUUCGGGACAACCUGGCAGCGCUAGUGGCGGGGGCGGCGGCGGCAAUGUCAACACCAGCGGACCAACGUUCACCUUCGACAGAGUGUUUUGGAGCAUGCAGGCGGGAUCGAAAGGUCGGGAGCGUCAGGGGUCGCUCGGCAGGAGCCCCGCCCCGUACGCAUCCCAGAACUGCGUGUUCGAAGGAAUCGGGCAGGGCGUCGUCGAGAAUUGCCUUGCCGGCUUCAACACUUGCCUCUUCGCCUACGGCCAGACGGGGUCAGGGAAGACGUUCACUAUGAUGGGGGCCGGUCCCUCCGGACCAGCAGCAGCAAAGGCAAUAGAAGCAACAGUGAUAGAAACAAUGGAACAGCAGGUAAGGGCGGUCACACCCCCGCCCCCGCCCGUCGAGAUUAUGGCCUUAGAGCCUCAGCAACAAGCGUCGGACGCGGCGGUGGCGGAAAGCGACACGCAGGAAGCGACAACGGUGACCGCAGAGGCCAACGCUACCGCGGGCGUUGUUACCGGAGGUCCGGAAGCUAUUGGCGAGGUAGAAGGAUCGACUCGUGCGGGCAACAACGCUGUUAACAGUAGUGCUGGUGUUUUGGGAAAGCAAUCCGGAGUUAGCACCAGGUGGACCUUCAGUGUUUCUUUCACGGAGAUAUACAUGGAGAGGGUUCGUGACCUUCUCGACACCUCUGGGCGCGCCAACCAGAACCUCAAGGUGCGGGAACAUCCUACGAAGGGACCUUUCGUGGAGGGCGUUGUCACCGCAAGGGUGACCACUGCUAGGGAGACAGAGCGACUGCUGGUGGAGGGGCAGGCGAGGAGGGCGGUGGCCGGCACCAACAUGAACGAGACUUCUUCGCGCAGCCACGCCAUCUUCACCAUCGUGGCCACUAAGGUGGAGCGUGACCUGCAGACGGGCGCGGAGGGUUAUACGACAAGCAAGGUGAACUUGGUGGAUUUGGCCGGCUCGGAAAACGCCAACACGGCGGGGUCGGCCGGCACUCGGUUGAAGGAGGGUGCCGCCAUCAACAAGUCUUUGCUCACACUGGGCAGGGUCAUCAAGGCUCUCGUGGACGCUUCCACCGAGGGGCGCCCGCGCGUCAUCCCAAGCUCCAGCCCCCGCAAGUCCGAGCAGAGGUUGCCAGGGAACGCCGGAGUGGAUGAGAGCCUCCCAGAUCCACUGCCGUUGUUGACCGUAAAAAAGGUUUCAAGCAACCGGUCGCUAUUGAAGACCCCUUCUCCAGUCCAUGGCCCCGCUCCCUCUCCGGCCGCCGCCGCAGCCGCCGCCGCAUCUCUGGCCGCGGUGAACGGGGAGGGGAGCGUCACCGGGUACAGCACGGUAUCAUCGAUUGAUGGCGCUGGCAAGAACGAUGACGGCAGUGACCGUCACAGUCGAAUUCUGUCCGGAGGGGGGGAUGGUCGUGGCCGAGGUCGAGGGCCCCGCAUCAACAGACGGAGGUCGUCAGGGUCCAUGCAAGAUCACCGGUAUCAGCAGCAAGUACUGUCCCAGCCUUCAUCGUCUCCGCCCCGGUCUCCCUUUGCCUCCCCACCCCUGUCCCCGUGUACUUCUCCGCCCACCUCGCCGCGAUCAUCCAUGGAGCCGGCAGGGUCUUCCCCGAGAGUUCCCAGACGAGAUGGUGGGGGCGAUGGAGGGAGUGGGGGUCUCCGGCAGUCGAUUGGCGGCGGCGGGAGGGUACCGUACAGGGAAAGCGUGUUGACAUUCCUGCUGAAGGACAGCCUCGGGGGGAACUCCCACACUACCAUGAUCGCCACCAUCCGGCCCGGUGUCCGGUUCCUGGAAGAGACCAUGUCGACGCUGCGGUACGCAGACCAGGCCAAGAGCAUUGUAAACUCCGUCAAGGUUAACGAGGAUCCGUUCGCUCGAACCGUCCGCCGCCUCCAGGAGGAGAUUUCCGCCCUGAAGCGAGAGCUGGCGUCAUCUCGCCGACGGGAAUCGCUCGCUCGGGCCCAGGCCGACGGUCUAAAGCGGGAGAUCGAUCUCCUGCAAGUGGUGGACGCAACUCUGAUCGCGAGCAUCAAGCGCCACGACAACAACACCGGCCAUGGUGUCACGAGCAAGGUACUGAAUGGCUUUUUUCUUACCGUUUCCCGAUACCCGUCACUUUACGGCGGCAAACGUAUACCGGUAUGUACUACGGUGCAAGUACCGACGGACGCCUUUAUUUGUUUGAUAUGA